GCAUCCACAUGCACUGCACUGUCUAUCUCACGGAGCAGCCGUGGAGUGUGCUUUUUCGAUAUCUGGCAGACAAGACACACUGUUUCGUGUGCAAAAUAACCAGAACCAUCAAGUAGGAAUCCUUCUUCGUCCAGCCGCUUCUUGUUCCCGCGGCCGGCGAGAAGGCAGAAAUGGGGAACUUGCUCAACGUCUUAUCUAAUUCUAGUUCAGGAUCUUCGGAUGUCGAUCUGUUUCUAGAUUUCGAGAGUUCUGAGCCUUCCGAUGCCGAAAAGACAACUUACGAGGAAGUCCAGGAAAUCCUGAAAAACUGCCCAACGAUCCUGUCAGAGCUCGGCCAGUAUGAAGGGGCGGGAACGGAAAUACGCCUGGCUAUCUCAUCACCAACUAGUGAGGAGCUGCAGACACAGGCAUGGAAUGCAGUAUGCCCGCGAGUAGCACAACUCAAGCAGUAUCAUCAGUUUUCUAACAGUCUCCAAACUAGCUUUACAUCAGUUAUUUCUGAGCUCCUGAAAGGGGAGCAAGAAGUUCGUGAAAAGCUGGCAUCUUAUCAGUCCUUGGCCAAACAGCUGGCACACAUCUUGCACUUUGCUCUUACGUUCGACGAUCUAAAGAUGACGAAUCCUGCGAUCCAGAAUGACUUCAGCUAUUACCGUAGAACGCAGAACAAAGCAAAGAUGUUGGGUUCUGAUGCAGAGACGUCAUCGCUGAUCACAGCUCAGGAGGCCAAUGUUAUGUCCCUGUUCUAUGCCAAUGCGACACCAAUGAUGAAGACCAUCAGUGACUCCAUGACACAGUUCGUAAAGGAGCAUCAAGAAAUUCCUUUGGAUAGAUCAACAGAGCUACUCAGCACGUUGUCGAAUAUCUGCCGGAUUAUGAUCGAAAACCCGGAGUAUCGCCAAAGACUCAGCAGUGAAGACAGCACUCUCUUCUGCCUAAGAGUCAUGGUUGCGACCAUAAUCCUUUAUGAUUUCACCAACCCCAACGGGGCAUUCAGCAAGAAAUCACAGAUUGACGUCAGACAGAGUGUGCGACUUCUCAAGGACAUCCAGACGCACACACCAUCCUGCUCAGCAGGUGUUGAAUCAUUAUUGAAUGCACUCCGGUAUACAACAAGACAUCUGAACGAUGAAAGCACGCCCAAACCAAUCAAACAGCUACUGGCAACAUGAUCUGUAUCGAAGACUUUUUGACAUUUCAGCACUAUGUACAUUAUAAUAUAUCCAAACGGCAAAUGUGAGCUCUUCGUUGCAUACGUUGCCUGUUAGCGUAGCAUAGUUGAUGAUAGGAUUCUUCUCAUUUAUUUUGUUCUUCCUGUCCCUGUUUUUUCCUCUACCAAUCUUGUCAUCGAUGUCUUCGUUCUUGUCAAUAUGCUCUUCUGCUUCUUAUCGUUCAUACGCAUGAUACUGAUUGAUGAUGACGACAACUGCUUCUUGAUACCUUGUUAUCCAAGAAACAUAUAAAGCGAAAAAAAUAAAAAAAAUGAUUCAAUGCUUGUUGAA